UCAUACGUGUCCUUUAUGCCUCUGUGUCACACUUUAAUCUCCCCUCGCGUCUAUUUCGUUCGUUUCCGUCGUUAAUCGCCGGUUUUCUCUACACAGUUCGGUGCGAGGCGGGUUUAAAUGCCCGAGUCUUGUGUUUUGACUCGGUUUUUUUCUUGUCACCAAAGAUUCCGUAGCUCGUGUUUCUCCGCGAAGCGAGAGUUGGUGUGUUCGGACAUGACACCGGCAGGUCACCGGCCGACCGGGCCGUCGUUGACCCAGUUAGCAGAGUCACAGUUAGCCGUCCCGUCGGUAGCUGCGCUCCGCCGCCUCGGCCUCGCGGCGGGUCGCUCCGAUGGCGCUGAACUGGCUUUCAAAACACGCGUUUCUUCAUUAAACGUGUGUUUCCGGGUCUUCGGGUUCCACUUUAAAGCCGGUUCUGUUGUCCUGCGGCGGGGGUCGCUGCCCGUCCCCCCCUCGCAGAGCCCGCGGGAGGAGGGUUCCGGGCUCCAGUCCUCCCGCUCCUGCGCCGCUUGAAAUUGGCGCGUCUUUGAGUUUCGAUCCCCCGAACAAAAGUGUCCCUUUCUUCACUUUCCGCACUCCGAUCUGCACCAGAAGCUUCCGGGGGAGUUCGGCCCGUCGAUCGGGCGGAGGCACGAAGGAGCAGGCGCAGGCACAAAUCCAGUUGACGCCAUGUCCAGACGCAGCGGUUGCAUCACACUUCAAGCCAGAGACUCAAACGCACCAGAGCCGAUCGUUCGAGUCCCGCUGAAGAGAAGAAAAUCAGAGCCGUCGAAGAGGAAACUACAACCUGCCGCCAAGAAGCAGAGCUACGAAAUCCAGACGUGCUGGUCGGAUGACGGAGCGAGUCCCUGCGUCCUCAUCGAGACGCCGCACAAAGAGCUGGAGCCCUCGGACCCGGCCAGCUUCAGACAGUACAUCUUCAAGAACCUCUUCAUCAAGGCCUCGCCCCUCCCCCGCCUCAGCUGGGCGAGUUCGGACGACGUGUGGAUCAAGAUGCUCAACAAGGAGCUGAAGUACGUCCACGACCAGAGCUACCUGCAGCGACACCCCCGGCUGCAGCCCAAGAUGAGGGCCAUUCUGCUGGACUGGCUGCUGGAGGUGAGCGAGGUGUACAGCCUCCAUCGGCAGACGGCCUAUCUGGCCCAGGACUUCUUCGACCGCUUCAUGCUGACGCAGGAGAACGUGAACAAGGACCACCUGCAGCUCGUCGGCAUCACGGCGCUCUUCAUCGCCUCCAAGAUCGAGGAAAUUUACCCUCCGAAAAUCUACAAGUUCGCCAACGUGACGGACGGAGCCUGCAACAUGUGGGACAUCCAGCGCACGGAGCUGCACAUCCUCAAGGCGCUGGACUGGAACCUCUGUCCGGAGACGCCCAUCUCCUGGCUGAAGCUCUACGCUCAGGUGGAGGCGCAGAAGGACGACGAGAACUUCCUGGUGCCGCAGUUCUCGCAGGAGACGUACAUCCAGAUCACACAGCUGUUGGACCUGUGCAUGAUGGACAUCGCCUCGCUGGACUUCAGCUACAGCGUCCUCGCAGCCGCCGCCUUCUGCCACUUCUCCACCUUCGACGUGGUCCACAAAGUCUCGGGUCUGACGUGGGAAAGUGUGUCGGCCUGCGUUCGGUGGAUGAGUCCGUUCAUGGACACGCUGCGGUCUGAGGCGGCGCCGCAGCUCAAGAACUUCCCCGAAGUCAAAGCCGACGACCGACACAACAUCCAGACCCACGUGUCGUAUCUGGAGCUGCUGAGGAAAGCUCAGGAGUGUCAGACCGACGGCUCCGACUGUCGGAUGUCGCCUGUCGCCGUCGGAGCGAUCCUGACUCCGCCCAGCAGCACAGAGAAACCAGCCAAUCCCUGAGCGGGACGGGACACGGCGCCGCCACACGACUAGCGACAAACGCUACCUCUCUGUCUCCGCAGUUUGACCUGAAGUGACGGUCGAACCUCGCCGGGGCCUCCACAAACGGGACAAAGGAUGUUUGGUUUUUUUGUUGUUUUUUAUUAAGGAAAGAACGAACUAAUAGCAAGUUUUUGAUUUUAAUAUUUUUUUUUUAACACUAAGUUCAACUUCUGCUCCCAGUCGGCCUCCGUCUCGGUUUCACGGAGGUUCGUCUGAAAUGAAAGUUCUUCGGCGGGAAACUUGACCAACAAGUUGAUUGACUUUGUCUGAAGCAAAAAGUCAAUUCGAGUUUUACCAAUUUAAUAAACCGUCUGCGUUUGAGGACACGACAUUUCCUUCUGGUGAAAUAUUCCAGACGCCGCGUCGGUCGGAUCCUCGGGAACAUCGUCGCUUCUGAACUGAAACAGAUUUGACUCCUCGAGGAGGUGAUUUUAUUUUACAAAGUGAUUUUUGUAGCGACGCGAGGAAUAAUAAUGUGACUCUGUGAAUCCCGUUUUAUUAAUUUUUCUUUUUUUUCUGUUGCAACCUGGUUGCACAUUUUGUUUUGUGACAUUCCUGUGAAACUUGACCAGAGAGCUUGUAUUUAUUGAAAAGCCUGAUGAUGAUGAUGAAUGAGCUCAGAUUGCUGCCAAAGGCAACAACAUCUAUUUAUGAUUUUUGCUCACGUUACAGUUCAGAUACAGUGGAAAAAGUUCUUAGUGCCUUUAAAAAGAAAAACAAAACCACAUGAAUUGUACAGCUUCGUAAUUUAAGGCCGGGAUGGAACAAAUGUGACUGAACACGUCGACUGUACGUACAAAUGAUUACAGUUGUAUUUGUGUAAAUAUGGAAAAUGAAAUGUGUAAUUUUGUUUUCUAAUAGGAAUGUUUUAAAUAAAAAGUUGAAAGACGCGA